UAUGCCCCGCCUUUUAACUUUGACACAUACAAUGAAAUCCUUCGUAGCUCUUUUCGUCGUCGUGGCCGCCGUUGCCGUCAACGCCGUCUCUGUAGAGAAAGACGCCACAAUUCUCAAACAAGACGCCGAAGUCCAACAAGAAAAGUACGCUUACGCAUUUGAAACCAGCAAUGGUAUUAAAGGACAAGAGUCUGGUUAUGUCAAAAACGUAGGACUGGAAAACGCAGCCAUUGAAGUUCAGGGCUCUAACGCAUACACUGGUCCAGAUGGCAAGUACUACGCCCUGACCUACAUUGCCAAUGAAAAUGGAUACCAACCUCAGGGUGAACAUCUUCCCGUUACUCCUGAACCUCAGCAAAUCCCAUACUACAUCCUGGAGGCAAUUGAGUACAUCAAGACCCAUGCACCAAAGGUCCCAGUUUCCAAGGAGUAAUUUUAGGGCUUAGUGAAUUACGAUGUGUACAUUACUUCUAGUCGAGCAUUUAUAAUGGAUCAGUAAAAGUUCUUAUCCA